AUGGAGCCGUUUAUUUAUUUGCCCGAAUACCCGUUUGCAUUUUGUACACAAUGCCGCAUUGGGUUUGUGGCCAGCGAGAUUGUACAUCAUAUAAAAGUUAAGCACAGCACAAAGACCCGACAGGAAACGAAGCGCAUUGCGCAAAAGGUGGCAGCCAUUCCAGGUAUAGCCAAGAAUCAGGACGAUUUGAAGAAUUGGAUAUUGCCGCCGCCAACCAUCCAGAUCAACCCGUACAUCCAAGCCCCACGAGACGAUGGAUUAGGAUGCAGCCAUUGCCAAUACGUAGUACGGGAUAAACAGCAGAUGCAGAAGCAUGGCCGGACCGAGCACGGUUGGGUCAGCCGUCGCAAGAGAGGCGGACAGCAGCAAGCCGUGCCCGACGAACAAGAUGCAAUGUUGGCCGUGCCGUGGAGAGACCACGUACAAUGCCAGCAGGUAUGCAAUUGGGGGCACGGCAAGCGUUGGUUUGAGGUUGGCCGCAACGAUGAAAGAGCGACACAGGAGGAGGCCACCGACGGUGAGGGUGAUGCCGAUCACGAGGCCAACGUCGCGUUUUUCAACAUGGUCCAGGAGGAAGGCAGGAAGGCGUUUGAGGAUGAAGCCAGCGGCCGUCGCGUCCAGGAUAUAGACGACAAGAAUGAGGCCCAUCAGUGGUUGGGUCGAUGCGGUUGGCCCCGCCAUUUGGAGGGUAUCCGCAUCGACCGGUUGAGGACAUUGUUGGAGCCGAUCAGCGAUGACGAGCCGGUGUUGCAGAGGAUGUGGGAAGUGUUGGAAAGCGUCAUGGAUGCCGCGUAUCAGGCGACGGCCCGCCAGUGUUACCCAGGCACGGCCGAGUUGUUUGAGAUUGCACGUAAAGAAGCGCAUAUGACGACGACAAAGCCGUUCCAGGGAUUGAUGGAACCCGAUGCAUGGGUGCGAUACAAGUCAUGGUGGAAGCAGUUGUUGUGCAUUUGGAAGCGAUACGACGAAUGGGAUGCAGAAGAUGGUUACGACAAUGAGAGAUUCAGUAACGGCGGAAGCAGCAGCAGCAGCAGCGACAGCGACAGCGAUACCGAUACCGACAGUAACAGCAAUAGGUCCGCGUAUGAUGAUGAUGCGGUCAGCCGCCGUUAUGGCCCAUCUUCUCGACCCACGUCCGCCGUAUAA